CCUGCCAAACACAAACAUACCCUUUAUUUGUCUCGCUUUUCAGCUUCUCUCACUGUUGUUUUCUCUCUAAGUAAUUGCCAUUUCUAUCGGCGAUUCAAAAGCCUACAAUCACACAUACCCAAGGAUCCAUUCCAAGUCGGUGCAGCUUCUGGAUUUGCGUAAGUCUAUUGUUCAACUUCCCUGUGUUAUCACGAACCCUAGUCUCUCUGUGUACAACACUAUUUUGCCUUCUUUGGAUUUGGGGUUUUAGAUUUACAGUGUUCGAGGAGGCAGCUGAUUCUUAGCUUCUAAGAAUAUUAAUCCCAAGUGACUAUGUUUAAGUUCUGAAUGUUACAUUGCAAAGCCAGAUAGCAAAUAAGCUGAGUCUAUUGAUAUCUUGCUAUGUUAGUGAUAUCUUGCUAUGUUAGUAACUGCUUAGCAACAGUUAACAAUCAAAGGUUUUGGACUUAAAUUAUCUAUGCCUGGCAAUGAAGUCAGAGAUAGGGUUCACAACUUUUUUGCACAAGAUAGUUUGUCAGAAGGACAGCAUCAUUCCCCUGUAGUGGAUGGGAAUUUGCCAGCUCCAGGUAACAUUUUGGGGGUUGGAAGCCAGAGACAGAUAGGUGGACUGAGUUCCAACACUUACAAUUUACAGAACUCUGAUACUACGAGGGGUCGUAGCAGUUAUCCACUUAAUUUGCAACGUGGCUUGGAUUCUGCACAAUCAACUCCAUGGGCUGAGUUUUCUAGAAGUCAGCAGCCAAACGUGAAUGGCAACAUGUAUGGUAAUCAGUAUUACCAGACAAGGCAGGAUGAAUCAAGCUUUUUGGCGGUGAAUACUGGUUCUAAUCAAUGUAAUCUAGCCUCAGGGGGCUCAUCUUUUCUUGAAUUGCAGCGAGGGGCGGGUCCUGAGCAGCAGGCAAGAGGACCAGUUAGGUCAGAACCUUCUGGGAGUCCUGUUAGUUUUGAUCUUUUUGGUGGUCAGCAAAUGAACUGUCAGCAAGCAAACUUGCUGCAAUCUUUGCAACGACAGCAGCCGGGGCUUAACGAAAUGCAGCAACUGCAACUGCAACAGCAAGUCAUGUUCAUGAAGAUGCAAGAACUUCAGAGGCAGCAGCAACUUCCGCAACUAGAUGCUGGUCCACAAAGUCUAUUAAAUCAGGUUCCUCCCGUUCCUAAGGUGGCAUCUGGCCACCAUUCUCCUGCUUCAAUUAAUGGCACCACAAAUUCCGGUGGAGUAAAUUUUGCACUGGCAACUGAGCUUGGCAACACAAAUUGGUUGCAGCGUGGUUCUCCAGGCCUUCAAGGAUCCGCAAAUGGAUUCAAUCCGACCAAUUAUGGACAAGCACAACGUUUGAUGGGUUUGAUUCCUCAACACAUUGAUCAGUCUCUAUAUGGAAUUCCUGUUGCCAAUUCAAGAGGAAGUAUGGGCCAACUUCCACAGGUGGGAACAGAGAAGCCUGCAGUACAGCCAAUACCAACCUUUAGUGCCUCCUUUCCGGUUAAUGAAUGUGCUGAAUUGUCAGAUCGAGUCAGUGGGCAGGAUGGGACUUCCAUACAUAGACAGAGUUUGCAAGGUGAAAGCUUUUUUAGUCACUCUGUUAGUCAAGCUCUAUCUAAUGUAAUAAAUGCUGAGAACCUUCAGCAAGCAAAUAAUAUGCAAAAAGGUUCAGCUCUCCAGGAUUUGUGUGGCAGACUGGAUCUAACCAUUCCCGCAGAGACCUCACAGGAGAAAGCUGCGGCUCAAGCAUUUUCACCACAGAAUGAAGUUGGUUUAGAUCCUACAGAAGAAAAAAUUCUGUUUGGUUCAGAUGAUAAUAUAUGGGGUGCCUUUUCCAAGAGCCCUAAUAGGAACGAGGAAGGUGGUAAUCUGUUUGAUAGUGCAGGACUCCAAGGUGGUAGUUGGAGUGCUCUUAUGCAGUCUGCUGUUGCAGUAAGUUCAACCAGUGAUGCUGGACCGCAGGAGGAAUGGAGUGGUUUGAAUUUUCACAGUGCUGAAAUUCCUUCAGGGAAUCAGAAUCUAAUGUAUAACAGUGGGAAACAUAAAGCAUCUUCUGCUGAAGACAAGUUGCCCCUAGCACCAUCCUUGAAUUCUUUUUCUGCUCGGCCCUCUGAUAGCACCAAUAUGAAUAACAGCUGUCACAACGUCCAGGGGCACAGGUUUCCAUAUGAGCGAGGUCAGAAUCUGCAAGCAAAUUCUCAAAGACCUGUCCAGUCAUCAGAUGGAGGAAGCAAGUGGUCAGAUUUCGGUCCACUGCAGAUGUCAGUUGCUGAAGCAAGCCAGAUAUUUAGCAAUACUUCACAUCCUCUUGACACAGAAAUGAUUUCAAGAAGGGGUACUUUGACACCUGAGCUUGGUGGAGCUAGACAACUAUGGAUGAAGCCAGCUAGUUGGGGUGUUCUUGGGUCAGCAGUACCCUCUGGAGAUGCAGCUUUAAGUAUUUUGAGUGAGAACUCAUCAAAACGUUUGCAGGACAACAAUCAGAAGAAAUUCCUUGAAGACGAAGUCUUUUUUGGUGGUGUGGCAUUGAAAUCUAGUCCACGCCGUGAUUCUGCAGUGGAUAUGGAGCAUGUGGGAUCAUCUAUGGCUAGUCCGCAGGGGAAUUCAGAGGUUUUUAGCUCGUAUCACUCUGCCACAAUUCCAAGCUCAAGUACAAUGAAGGGUGGUGAAGAAACCAGCUGGUCUUUUCAAAAUAAUCAAUCUAAUUACUGGAAGAAGGCUGAUUUGAUUAAAUCUAAUGUAAGUGAAGGUUUGGGUUUUUUACAGCAUCAUGUUAUGAAAGACAACCAGGUUUUGCACUCGUCACCAACAAAAGAGUUUAGAAUGCAUGAGAUGGAGAACAGUGAUAAGAAGGAUAAUUUAAACGACAGCCAUCACUCUAACUUACAUCCUCAUUCUUCUGCUGGUGGGGUUAGGGAAAAUGCAUUAUCAGAUGCCAGUGAUUCAAGGUGUCUUCUCAUGGGGAAGCAGAAGUUGUCUGAUCAGGGUGGUCAGAAAAAUUCUUGGCCUCCGAAGUUUCAGUAUCAUCCCCUGGGAAACUUGGAUGAGGAUGCUGAUCCUCGUAGCAUGAAACAAUCUACUCAUUCUCAGUCUAUAGUGCAGCACAAUCCCCAGCAUGGCCAAUCAAAAGUUUUUGAUCAGGUUUCUCAUGGUCAGACCGAACUGGAAAAGGGGCAGUUGUCUAAUGUUUUGAUGGAUGGCAUAGGCUCCAGUGAGGUGUAUUGUCAAAGCAGGUUUCCUGGUGGUGUAUCUAAUACUCCUGGGCUCUUCAACAGAUCUCUUGACUUACAUUCACCUAAUAAAGUUGCGGAAUCUAGUCGAAACAUGCUACAGCUUAUUCAGAAGGUGGACCAGUCGAGAGAGUGUGGUUCCGUGGCACAGUUCGGUAAUUCUGAAAUCAAAACAUCAUCUGAGAUGCCUGAAGCAGAGGAUUCUGAUGAGUCUGUUGGUCAUCACCUGAGAAGUCAGUCUGCUGCUUCUCAAGGCUUUGGUCUACAACUUGGCCCUCCAUCCCGACUUGCACCAGUCCGAACCCAUUCUUUGACAUCUCAGAGCCCUAUCCAAGCAGUUAGUUAUUCACAUUCAAGUCAUGCUGCUGUUGAAACUGGUGAGAAGAAUCAAGGACCGAUGCGCCCCCCUCAUCAGGCUCAAUCCGUACUUUCACCUUCUGAUCUAGCCCAGGAAGGAUUGAAGAAUAAUAGAUUUGGUAUUCCAGGAAGUACCAACAAUGUAACUUCUCCAGCAUUUGAUUCUCAUUCUGGUUUUCCCUAUAUGGGAGGUCAGCUUAAAAUUCCAAGUGUGGCUAGGACUACUGCACAAGUCUCAACAAACCAGUCCAUGAGUGUAUCAUUUGAUAAACAUGCUUCCUGUCGUACAGAGAAAGGCGACUCGUGCAGAGGAUCGGCAAAUGGUCAAUCUGUGGAGGCCUUGCCGGAUGGGGCUGAUACACAAAAUAAGCCUAUCCUCGCCGCAGGCAGGUCUCAAUUAAGUAACACCAAUGGUACAGUGGAAAGUAUCUUUACCAAUCAAGUUUCAUCCCAAGAGCCUGUGUCAGUUUCUCAGGCAUUAGCGUCUGGCAUCGGUCAGCAGGGUAUGUCUUCAAAAACGUCCUCCAGUAUGUGGGCUACUUUUCCACCACCAAAGCAACCUUUUGGUGCUCAGUAUGGCAAGGAUCCUUCCCAUAUUUCCCAAUCACAUCAAUUGAAUAUUGUGGAGUCAUCAUUAUCUGCUCCAGAGAGGCAAAUCGAUCAAUACUCUAAUAGAGGAGGGAAUUUCGCAUCCCAGAUGAGUACAAGCUCAGUGAAUUCCUUGGUUUCUUCUGAAGGGGAAGAACAGCGAGUAAAGGAAACCCCUUCUCAGCAAAUACCACUAAAUGUUGACCUCAUCCAGAAGAUGACUGAUUCACAGGGUAGAGAACCUAUUGUCAAGCAUACCUUGGGAGGAUCUCCUGCGAAUUCUGCUUCUGUGCAGAGAGAUAUUGAAGCCUUUGGCCGAUCUUUGAAGCCUAACAACCUUUCAAAUCAGAACUAUUCCCUAUUAAACCAAAUGCAGGCCAUCAAACAUGUGGAGAUCGAUCCAAGUAAUAGGGCCUUCAAAAGAAUGAAAGGAGCAGAGAGCAGUGCAGGUGCUCCUCAAGUUCCUCCUGGGGACACUGGAAUGUUAGGAUUCUCUGGGCCAGAGGAUUUGCAAAGAAGCAUUUCAUCUCAACAAGGAAGGAAAAUGACUCCUCAGGAUGUACUUGCACUUCGUCAGGAUGAUUCUCAGAGCAGCGGUCGCAGCAAUAAUACCAAUUCUGUUAAGCUCGAACAAACUCAAAAUGGUCCUCAGUUGGAGCCUUCCUGGUUUAAUCAGUGCAGAACCUUAAAAAACGGGCAAAUGUUACAUAUGUAUGAUGCGCGUAGAGCUGCUGCAAUGAAGACAGCGGAACAACCUUUCACUAUUGGGAAGUCUUCCAGUAGUUUGCAUGCACGUAGUCCUAUGCUGCAAGUAAUACCUGCAACUUCUGAUAGAAGUCCAAUUGGGAAUCUUGGGCCAAAUUCUGUCCCCAGCUCUGCUGCAAUUGAGCACUUUUCUUCCCCGACAUUUCCAGUGAAUGUUGGUCAUCAGCACCUAAUUUUGAAACCCAUGAAGCGGAAACGUGCUACAUCUGAACAUACUCCUUGGCAUAAAGAAGUUUCAGUGGAUUCACGGAGCAGUCAUACAAUCAGCCUGGCAGAAAAAGCGUGGGCUAGAGCUGCUAAUAGGCUUACCGAAAAGGUUAAAGAAGGCAUUGAUUUUAAUGAGGAAGGGGCACCACGGGUUAAAGCCAAACGACGGGCUAUAUUGACCACUCAGCUUAUGCAGCAACUACUCCCCCCUCCACCUGCAGCAAUUCUUUCUGCAGAAGCUAAUUCGGCGUAUGAGAGUGUGGCUUACUCCAUCUCUAGAUCGGCAUUGGGGGAUGCAUGCAGCACGGUCUGUUGCUCAAGUGGUGAUCUGAAUAUGCCUCGUGAUGACAAAGAAGAACUUCCUGAAAAGUGCAAUACAUCGCAGAGGAUUAAUAAACAUUAUUUUGCCAAAGCUGUAGAAGAGUUAAUGGGAAGAGCGAGGAGAUUAGAAAGUGACUUUUUGAGACUGGACAAGAGAGCAUCAGUAUUAGACGUGAUGGUGGAAGGGCAAGACCAAGAGAAGUUUGCUGUUAUCAAUCGGUAUGCGAAGUUUCUUGGUCGGGGACAAUCUGAUGGUAUUCCUCAGAGAUACGUCACUGCGCUUCCAAUGCCAAAAAAUCUCCCCAGUGGGGUGCACUGUCUUUCUCUAUGAUCACAAAUGAGUUGAAUUUUCCCUGUGCUCUGUCAUCAAUUACCUCAAUUUCCGGUAGAAAUUUUGUCCUAGUCAUGUACUAGUGCUAGCAAGAAGAAAAUAGAACCACACAAUCAGUAUUGCUGAACAGACCCAGCUGUCACCUCAGAUGCAACGGAGGCUGUCCAAUCUUUUGCAUGUAGGUCAUUUAUGUCAUUAUCAAGAAAAUAUAAUUCAUUUCAUGUACAUCUCUUCAAAGUUAGUCAAGGGGGGAGGGGGGAGAGACUAGGGUGCCCCGUCAUUUUUUGCCAUAAGUGGGGAGAAUACGAACCCUGUGCUUCUAAGCUGUUGAUAUGUAGUUGGUCAAACCUCUCCUUGCAGAAUUGUGAAAGUUGCUAUAAUUGCUUUAGGCAGGUCCAGGGUAUUUGUAUUGGCAUCAUGAUGCCUAGGCUCAUAAUUUAUUCUGUUGAUGCCUCUCCUUAUUUUUUAUUUUUUGAUGAAGGUUAAACUUUCUCCUGAUGGAUCCCUCAACCAUUUGUAGUUUUUAGAGUUAACAGCUGGAAACAGGCCAAGCCUAGCUUGUUCAGAACAUAGUUUAGAUGAAAAAGGUGCUUUUCGAAUGGUUUGAUAUUUAAUUAUCCCUUUGUACAGAGGUUUAGCUCAUGCCUGUACUUUGCCUUGUAUGGUUUUUAAUGUGCAACUGCUGGCCAGAUGUUUAUAACUUGUUUUGGUACUUCUUAUAGUCUAAAAUGUUUAUAUGUUCUCCGGUUA